UUUGUUAUUAGCUUUAGAAAUCUGAAUCAAAAAACUCAAAGCUCUACUUAAUGCUUACAGUGCCUGAUCCUCCGCUUCCAUUUCCCUUCUUUUCUUGUUCAAAUUCAAUUAGGGAUUAAAGUAGGCAGUACAUAUCCAUCAAUGCCGUUAUAUUUCAAUUAAUUACUGCGGGAUUCAGCCAUAGCUACGGUUUGAAAAUUGGCGGAGCUCAAGAUUUGUAAGAAAUACUGUCAUUGGAAAAAUGGCAACUUCAGCUUCAAAUUCAGUUACAAACUCCCCUAUAUCCUCCGCUGCUCACUCUCCUCCCCCUCCACAACAUCAGGAGGUCGCAAGCCCCACUGUUCCUGAAGAGUCAAAGGAGAAAGUGGUCAAAGAUCCUCUUGAUGAUAUAGAGAGCCGACAGAUUGAGAAGUUCAAGAGGUAUGAGGUUGAGUCCAGCAGAUAUUUAAUGUCCAAGUACUUCUCAGACAAGACAAUUUUUGGAGGAAAUAUCUUUGACGUAAAAAUGACUAUAAACGGAGAGCAAAUAAAAGUAAGCAGAUUUCCUGGGUACCAGUCUUAUGCAGAUCCUGCUAAUUUUAAUGAUGAUAGCAGUAGCGAUGCAAUUUCUACAGUGGAAACUACACCACAGAGUGCUAAUGGGCUGCAGCCUUCCAAAACUGGCUACUAAUCUUAGAAUUUCUUUCCUUUACCAUCCUCUUAAUCAGUAGAAAUCUCCUGGACUUGUAAUAAAUUUAAAAAAUUUCUAGUAAAUCAUCUAGCAACGCCAAGAAGCUUAUAUAAUUUAGCAAUAUCUGAGGACAAAAAUACUAACUUGCUUGGAAUUGAGGUUUAGUUAUAAUUGUUAUUGUUGUUGUAUUCUGAGGACAAGGAUAAGAAUUUGGACCGCUGGUUGGUUGCUUGUUCCUAAUUGUGGUGCCUAGUUGAAUAGUAUGAUGUACCAGUGACAAAUUAGCAAAUUUAUUUACCCAAUUUAUUUGUUAAAAUCCA